UCUUCGCUGUGUCGUCACAUCCUCAUGUGGGGGGAUAGGCAGGGACACCACCGUUUGUUUCGCUCACUCUCUUGAUGUAUCUCCGUUGACAGAGAUGCAGGUCUGAUUCCUUGAGGAUAAUGUCCUAUUACGGAACUUACGCGACUCGCCGGACGAGCGGAUCGUCUGGGGCAUCAUAUGGGUUAUCAACGCCCAGCCACAGUGCGCUUCCGAACAGAAGUUAUGGCGAUCGUUCACCUGGAAGGACGUCCAAGACUUCUAGCCAGUAUUUGUCUCCUUAUUCUGCUCCUUGGGAACAAAAUAAUUUACCACCGACUAAAUAUUCCGCACUUUACGAUCGGCAAGAAAAAUAUAAAAGAGAUCAUUCCUCGGAAAGGUCAUCCAGAUUUUCUAAUUACAAAUUAGAAUAUGAAGCAAGUAAUCGUCCACACUCCUCUCUUGGAUGGCAACAUCAAGAUAUUCAAAGAUCCCACAGUCCAAGCUAUGGCUUCUCGGAUUUGGGCCAUUCACACGAAAGGGCAAGGAGUCCUGGUUACAGGUCUACAAUGGAUUAUAUUCCCAAAAGUAAACAAAAGUUACACAGUCCCGACUACAGACUGAAGUAUGUGACAUCUAGAAACACAGUCUGGACUGAUCUGUCCAUGAGGUAUCCAAAGACUUCCAGGUACAGCGGGAAUAUUCAACGUGAUUACAAUGCAGGACUUUACUCUUCGAAUGAUUACACUUCUGUUCCGGACAAGAGCGGAUGGCGAGCAAAGCUUGCCCAACAAGGUUACGUUGCCAGCACAACAAAGAAAAACCGUACAUCUAUACCAGAAAGGAAGUGGCAUUACCUCGAUGAUAGUGAAAAUGAAGACGAAAACACAGAAGAGUUCGUUUACCGCACGAGCCAAGGAACUUGCGCUGAAGAUGACGAAGAAAUAAACAGCGUUAUAUCACGAACACGAAGAAUGAAAUUACAGAUGCAGUCGGGAGAGAUAGCCACUCAGGAGUUUUCUGUUCAGGUUGACACUGAAGAAUUAGAAAAAUAUAAAGAACAGGAAGAACGAAGGCUCAAAAGAAGUUUCAUUUCCUCAAGAUAUAAUUCAUGGUAUGACAGCGGUGCGAUGUCUUACAACAGGUACCUCUCUCCAGUGCCUUGGAGAAGCAGUGGGAGUUACUACAACAAAUGGUCUAACAAGAGUCUUUCAAGCCCUACCACAGAGUCUAAAGAACUGGCAUCUACACCAGAACUGAGUGAGACUGAAGCCAGCAAUAAAGAUUUUCGUAAAUCAGUGCUAAACGUGGACUUACCUGAAAGUGAGGCUCAGAUUUUUGCUAAAAGACAAGCCGAAACGAGGUGGCGGAAGGCUGUUGAAGAUGUUUGUUAUACAUCAGAAGAUGGUUCUCCUAGUGAAACUGGUUAUGAAAGUCAUUCUUCUUGUACAGAUGCAGAUAGGUCCAGUGGUGAAACAGAAAGCUUAUUCACGGAUUCAUUGGAUAGGUCAUAUGCCUAUGGUGAAGAAUUCCGUGGUUCGUCUUAUAGAGAUUCUAGUCGUAGUACUCCUUUCGGAGACACCCCUCUGGGGGAAUAUACCAGUUAUGCAACAGAAAUCGUAGAUGGUGAAACAAAUGCAAAAUCGCCAGUAAAUAAUUUGAUGAAUUCAGAGCUAUCGUGUUAUGGAUCAUCAACUCAAGAAUAUCGUCCUCAAGACAAUCAAGAAAAUAUUGAUUGCAAUAUCCACGAGGAAAAAACAUAUCAAGCAGAUGAAAAAAAUUUAAGUGAUUUAUGUUUCCGAUUUAGACCUCUGAGCCAAGAAGCAUCACAGAGGGAUUCUGGAUUUUCUGAGCUGUGUAAUCAAGCUGAAUCGCCUUACGAGAACAUUGCUCAACAACAGAGCCCUCUGUUGGAUAACGAAUGGAUUAAUAAAGAAACUGCCAACCUUUCAGAGGACAUUCAUGCUCCCAAAUUAGUAUGUGAAUUCAACGACAUCGAUAUGCUGCUUUUGGACGAAAAUUUCAAUCCGACAGUCUUUCAGACUUUUGAGGAUUUUGAUCGAAUUAUCGAACGUGAGAAAACGAACAUCAGAACGAAAAUGAUAAGCAAUGAUGUGCCAAAGUGGGGCAAACCAGCGAAAACAGGGCUUCGUUUAGAUUUAGAUGCGUGCAAUAAAUUCAUUGGUGCAUGUCACGAUAUUGAUGAAAUGCUUGGGCAGCCAAUACCAAUGAGUCCUGAUUCAGAAAGUACCACAGUUGAGGGGCUGGAAGACAUUAUUCCCACAGAAGACGAAGCAGAUUGCAUCAGCACCGCGGCUACAAGUAUAAUUAGUGGUACAGAUAUAGCGAAUCUAAGCUGGGUGGCAGAUUCCGACCAAUUCUUGCAUCGGAAUGGACUGAAGAAUUUGAAUGAACUGUAUCAAGGAUUCAAUCAUUCGAAAAAGCUGGAUGACUGCACCCUACAAAUAUACCGGUAUAAUGGAUCCGAAGGGGAUUAUGGGAAUUACUUAGAUCUCGAGUCUACCAUCGAUGAACAAGCUGAAGACUUUGAAGAUUUUCACCAAAACCGCAAGAAUGCCAUUAUUCUUCGAACCCAGCUCUCAGUACGAGUGCAUGCCAUUAUUGAAAAACUUCUGAACUCCACUGGUCGAGAGCUGAGAAGAGCACUGUUUUCUUUGAAACAAAUAUUUCAGGAUGAUAAAGAUCUUGUACAUGAGUUUGUCCAAAAUGAUGGUUUGGCUUGUCUCAUCAAAGUUGGAUCAGAAGCUGAUCAGAAUUACCAAAAUUACAUUUUAAGAGCUUUAGGCCAAGUCAUGCUGUACGUAGAUGGCAUGAAUGGCGUUAUUGAACAUAUUGAAACUAUACAAUGGUUAUAUUCUCUAAUAUCAUCUAAGUAUCGUCUGGUUGUGAAAACAGCUUUGAAGUUGCUUUUGGUUUUUGUGGAAUAUUCAGAGUCAAACAGCCAGUUGCUUAUGAAUACUGUAUGUGCUGUAGAUUCUGAUAAAGGCACAACUCCUUGGUCAAAUAUUAUGAAUUUGUUAAAAGAAAAAGAUUCUGCUGAUAUGGAAUUACUAGUCUAUGCAGUCACCCUCAUUAAUAAGACACUGAAUGGCAUUCCUGAUCAAGACACUUAUUAUGAUAUAGUGGAUAACCUGGAAGAACAAGGAAUGGAAAAUGUAAUACAGUAUUACAUGUCAAAACAAGGCACUGAUCUUGAUCUUCUGCAACAGUUUCAAAUUUAUGAGGCUGUUUUGAAACAUGAAGAUGGUGUGCCAGACACAAAGCCAUUACCCCUAGAUGCUAGGUUCAGACAAGUUCCCCGCAGAAAGUCCCAAUGUGAUGAAAGUGAUCGAAGGAAAAGUCGCAGACAUUCUGUAGGAACAAUUAACAGUACUACAAAACCAAAUAAAUUUCAUAGCCGCUCAUUAGAAAAUACACCUGAAGAGUCUCCAUUUACUUGGCAAGACAGGAAUCAAAAUCAUAUUGGUGAUACAGGAAAGAAAGCAAACAAGCAGCUUAAUGGGCAUGUUAAUGGAAAUGGCAUUAAUGAAUCUUGCCAUGAUAUCAAUGGUAUGACUCCAGCAUUGAGGAAAAGACGAGAACGGGAUGCUCGCAAUAAAUCCUUAAUAAAGGAGCAAGAAGAAAAUAGCAGGGGGGCAAAUUACCAACGAUCUGAUAGUCUAUCCUCAUCUAGCAGUGUGUUUUCUGACAGCAAUGAAACCUCUCCUCUAGUCACAGAAGAUAAAUCUUAUCUUUCUAUUGUUGAAAGACACCGCUCACGCUUUGAAAAUCAUGUUGAUCAUGAAAAUCGUAAAAACAGUGAACUUUCAAAACCAAAAGAUGAUAAAGCAUUGAAUGAAGAAAGGAAAAAAUUAUGUGAUUCAAGCCGCCCUAACUCAUUACCAUAUGGAUUAAGUAGUAACAAUAAAAAGUCAUGGAUGCUAUCAAUGAUGUAUGGUAAGAGUCAGGAUGAGGAGAUCAAAUCUCCUUCUGCAGAAACUAUAAGUAAUGGUGUAGAAAUUGUAAAUAAUAAUUAUAUUGUGUAUAAUAAAAGAGAAGACGAAUCUUUAAACUCCAGUUUAAGUAGUGUAAAAAAGGACAAUAGUUUCAAAGAUAUGCAGGAAAAAUUUAUUUAUAGAAAUGGUGAUUCUUCUGUUCGUUCACCAACAUCAGAUAACAUUCCUCGCAUUGGAGAUCCAAGUGGUAUUAUAAGUCGAGCUAAAGAAGGCCUUGCAGCUAGCAAAAGUAUUCGACCAGAUUCAAAACCUACAUCUCCACUGUCACCAAGUUCAUCAUUCAUUCAAGAAAUAAAAAAGCCAGAAACUGAUUUACAGUGGGAACAACUUAUUAAAUCUGUUAAGCGUCCACUGAUUAUCAAUGAUCUGGAUUUCACUGAUCUCAGAUCUGAUGAAGAUGUGGACUUCCUGGAAAGUCUUGGCCCAGAGAUAAGUUCAGAAAUGAAUGGUGGGCCACCACCUCCACCUUUGCCUCCAGGAUUGGGACCACCUCCACCCCCUCCACCACUGCCUUUGGGAGGUGGUCCAGUGCCUCCUCCUCCACCACCACAAACAGCUCCACCAAAUAAAUGUGGUUCAAGGCUGAAUGGGAUUGAAACGCCUUCAGUGCCUCCCACGUGGUUAAAAAGGAAUCAACAUCAUUUACAAGAAGCACAAGUCAAAGACCUGUCAAAAAGUAAUCAAAAAACAAAAAAGACUGUGAAAUUAUUUUGGCGUGAAGUCAAAGAAGAUAAAUCCUUACUAAAGAAAAUUGGACGAAAGAAAACAAUAUGGGAUGAACUGAAACCAGUACCUGUUGACACACAAAAGCUAGAACACUUAUUUGAAAAUCGAGCAAAAGAUAUAAUGAAUAAGGAGAAAUCUCAAGACUGUGUUAAGAAAAGCGAAAUUAUAGUAUUGGACACUAAAAGAUCAAAUGCAAUAAACAUUGGUAUGACAAAACUGCCACCUCCAAGAACAAUAAAAACAGCCAUUCUUAAGAUGGAUAGCACCAUAAUGAACAGAGAAGGCAUAGAGAAAAUACUUACUAUGCUGCCAACAGAAGAUGAGAAGUCAAGAAUAGCUGAAGCACAGAUGAACACUCCUGAUGUUCCAUUGGGUACUGCUGAACAAUUUCUCUUGACUUUAUCAUCUAUCAGUGAACUAGAAGCUAGGCUUCGAUUGUGGGCAUUUCGUUUAGAUUAUGAAACAAUGGAAAGGGAAGUUGCUGAACCAUUAAUGGAUCUGAAGCAGGCUAUGAAAGAAAUAGAAAGCAGUGAAACUUUCAGGGUGAUUUUAUCUACUUUAAGAUCUGUUGGGAACUUCCUAAAUGGAGUUGAGAUCAAAGGAUUUCACAUUGAAUACUUAUCCAAAGUUCCUGAAGUCAAGGAUACAGUGCAAAAACACUCUCUUCUCCACCACCUGUGCCAUAUUGUAAUGGAAAAAUUUCCCAAAUCUAGUGAUUUGUAUUCAGAAAUUGGUUCUGUUACCAGAGCUUCUAAGAUUGAUUAUGGAGAAGUUACAAAGAGCUUAAAUAAAAUGGAAAGUGAGUGUAAAGCAUCAUGGGAUUACUUAAAAGCAAUUGCAAAACAUGACUGUAACAUAACUAUGAAAGUAAGAACCUCUGAAUUUCUGACAGAUUGUGCAGAAAGAAUAAUUGUUCUGAAAGUAAUUCACAGGAGAAUGAUCAAUAGGUAUCACAAGUUUUUAGUAUAUUUGGGUUGUACCAGUCAGUCAAUUGAGGAAUUGCCAAUUCAGAAAUGUUGUAGAAUUCUCAGUGAAUUUGCUCUUGAGUACAGAACUACACGAGAACGUGUUUUACAACAAAUAGAAAAGAAAGCUAAUCACAGAGAGCGAAAUAAAACUAGAGGGAAAAUGAUUACAGAUAUGGAAAGGUUUAGGACCAAAGAACAGCAGGCAGACCAUGAACUUAGACAACUUUUAGGCAACAGUAAUGGCCAUACUGGAGAAGAGCACAAAACACAAAAAUGGGGCACAGUUCCAGGAAUUAGAGGAAGGGUUCGUCCUCAACUUGGAUCUGGUGGUAGUUUAGGAAGGCAUAGUGUGCCAACAAAAGAUGACAAUCUGACUGAUGCAGAUGAUGAGAUAUUGGAAACUUUAGUUAAAACAGCGACCACACAGCCUGCAAGAAAUGAACCUAGGAUAAGGAAAAAAGCUAGAUAUGGGGAUAGAAAAUCAUUGCGUCGAACCCUGAAAGGAGGUUUAGAAUUAUCCGAGGAAGAAAGGCACAUGCUGAGUUCACUUACAACGUGAUUUAUGAAACAUGCUUCCAUCUCUCCAGCUGUGAUCUAUCUUUUAUUAAGUCAAGUUUGUCUUCAUUUCAUGCAUUUAUCACCCACAUUCUACGUUUGAUUUAUUAAAAUAAUGUGUGAUAGAUUCACUGGAUGCAGACACUGUGAAAGAUUUUUGCUGUUCUGCUGUGCAGCAAAAUUAUACAUAAACUUGUAUAAUUUUUACUCAUUUUUAUAUGAGUUUUGUAACCAAUCAUGUCCAGUAUUUUUUUAAUAUCAAGACUUUUAUGCAUACUAAUGCUUUUACUCAAACCUUUUAUAUAUCAGUCAAAAGAAAAAUGGUUUUAAACUUACUGUGUUCCUUUUAGAAGAUCCUUCUUUAAAGCUAGCAGAUUAACUUCAUGCAAUUAAUUAUUUCCUUCCAUUUACACAUUGAUACGAGAAAAGACUGAGGUCUGAACCGUAUCAGGUUUUCUAGUGUUUUUACAAAAUUUUUACAUUUUAUAACUAAAAUUUAGAUAGGAAUAAGCAUUUGCUAUUCACAAAUGCACUUUGAGUAGUUUUUGGAUUUUAUGUAAUAAGAGUGUUUCAAAAUGUUUUCUAUAGAUUUAUUGAAGAUAGAAAUAUAAAAUACUAUUUAUAGUUUUAUUAGUACAAUAUUAGUAGCUGUUUACAGUGAUAACAUUUAAAUGGGGAUUCUAUACUGUUAAACUUGUUAAUAAAAUUAUUAAGAUAUCAUUGAAACAAGUAAGAAAAAGAAGAAUUCUGUCCUCAAGCUCCAGAAUACAAUAAGCUACUUUUCAUAAGGAGCUUAUAUGUGAGUAGUGAUUGCAAUUGCAGGUGGCUCAGUGUUGCGAUAUUUUCUUCACAUUGAGAUAUCUGAUGCUGCUAUUCAGCUUUGAUUCAUUCAGCCUCUGAUCAAUAAGCACAAUAGCUGCGUCUUGGAAACAAAUGCAAUCAGAGUGCAAUUUUAAUCACAUUGCUACAUUUUUUCUGUGGCAUUAACUGCAUGGCCCUACUUCCAAAAUAUGUUGGUCAACCACCAGGGUUGUUGUGAGAAUGCUUGAUUUGCUGUUACAAAUAGGAAAACUGUACCACAUGUAUUUCUGGGAAGUAAAGACGGUUGAAAGCAGUAAUGAUUGCUUUACUUCAUUCUUUGCCGCAGUUAGAUAUUUGUGUGGCCUUCUCUAAGAUCUCCUGGUCUACCCUUAAGAUUGCUUUGAGAUCUAAAAUAAACUGGAAAGUAACACUACAUAUGUAUCUGGGAAGUAAAGCAAGCCUGAGUUAAGUGUUAAUCACAUUGUUUUAUAUUUUGCUGUGGUCAGAUAACUGUGUGCCCUGUUCCAAGAUCUCCUUGGACUGCCAUUAGGGAUGCUAUUUGAUUUUUUGUUUCACAGUUAAUAAUUAGGAAGCAGGACCUUUGACAACCUUGUAAUAUAACAGGUGAAGAUUAAUUAAGAAAGCUGAUAAAAUGAGGUUUAAUAGUCUCAGAAAAUAUUUUGUCAAUGUUAUAAAUCAGUGAUAGGAGAUUACAUGACUAAUCUCUGCAUCCAAGAUAAUUUCAUAAACCCAAAACUAAUACAUAAACUUUAUGAAAUAUUUAUAGAUGUUUAAAUUGAUCUUCUCUCUAAAUUGAUAAGAAUAUCCAAGCUAUUGUAUAUUUCAUUACUUUCUAACACUUCCAUGAAAAAUUACUAGUAUACGUCAGAAUAGAACAAAAAUACUGAAAACUAAGUUGCAUUGCUUAAUGUAGUGAAUAUUGCAUAUAGAGAUCAUAACAAGUAGGAAGAGAUACUCUGUAUUUGAGCUUUAUGACUGCAAUUAUUUGUAGAAGUUUUUUUUUUUUUUUUUUUUUUUUUUUAAUACUUUACUACUUCUUCCACUUUGCUAAACUUUUACUUGGAUUUGAUACCUAUGCAGCAACAGCCUGCAAAUGGAUUUGUAGUGUUUUAGUGAAGUUCAUUUGUUUCACUUGUUAAAUGUCACUGUGUGUUAGAUGUCAUCAAAUGCUGUUUUUUAGAAUUUUUCUAAAAAUUUGGAUGUAUUGUAGUUGUUUGUACAUGAUGGUCUCAGCACAUAGCUCCAGUUACUAAGAAAUAGUUAUAUAUGUUUGCAUUAUCUGUUAAGUUUUAGAAGUUACUGAAAGCAUAAAAAAUUUCCAAAUUAUAUUUAUAGUUUUCUAGCUCAAUAAAAUUUAUGCUAUGAACUUUGCUGCUGUCUAUUGCUCAUAAUAUUGUUAUUUACUGGUUAUGAUUCCAAAAUUAAGAUAUAGAAAUUGAAGCUAUUUUAAAAUAACUUAAAAUGUAAUAAAAAAAUUAGCUUACUGUUUAGACUAUCUUCUAUAGCAUAGAAACAUAUUAAUUUUUUUCUUCUUUGUUAUGAAUUUCUUCUAAGUACUUGUUUCGAUUAUAAAUUAAUAUUGAAUAGUCAGUUUCUCUUUUCUUUUAUUUUGAAAAUACAAACUUUUAAAUAUUAAAAAUUUCUCUGCAAAUGUAAUUUAGUUUAUUUCAUGAAGGUUUUCCUCAGUUAUAGCUUUCAAAUGAACUUUUAGGAAAGGGCAGCCAAUUAAAUAAAGUUUCAAAGUGAAUUUAUUUAGAGAAAGAUAGGUAAAUCUAGCAUUUAUUUGAUGUGAAGAAAACUCACUGUUUUCUGUAACAAUAUAAAUGUAAAUAUGUGCUUCCCAUAGCUCCCAACUCUCCAGAUUUUGCUGUUUUAUCACAUUUUCCAGUCUCCUGGUAGAUUACCAAAUCUCCUGGUUUUUAAUGUGUAAUAUUUAUGAAGGAAAACUACAAACAGAAACAUUUUCCACCUAUAAAUGAAAUUUAUUGGAUUAAUGAAAUUUAAAUUGUAUUAAUUCCAUUCCCCUUAAUUCUGAUGAUUUUCAGCAUAAUUUUUCAUAUUAAAUAUUAUUUUAUCUGAAUUGCCUUAAUCAGUCAGUUAAUAUCUGCAUUAAUUUUGUUUUACGUCAAUAAAUAGUACAAUACCAAAUUUAUCCACUUAGCAGUAUGUAUAUGAAUUACUAAUUUAAUUUUCAUUGUAUUUAAACAUAGUUUGAUAAAUAAAAGGUUUCUUCACUACAGGAUUUUCUGUAUAAAAUUGUAAGAAAAUUAUGAAAUGAAAUUAGCUGAAAAGCAUUAAAUUUAGAAUAUAUAGUUAAAUAUUAAUAUAUUUUAUAUCAAAAUCACAUUGUAAAUAGUUCAAUAAUCUGAAUCAUGCACUAUAAAGUGAAUUUAAGUCAAAUUUGAAUUCUUUUGAAAUGGCAUUGUCACAGAGUGCAAGAACCUCCUGGUUUUUCACAUUUCAAGAUUGCUUAUCCUAUCUUAUUGAUGGCCCUAUCUGAUGAAAAAGGUACUAUAAACAGUCUCUUCAUUUUUAUAAUUGACUGUUGAGAGAGGGGAAGAGAUGAGGAAAACAGUUGUUUGAGUUGUACAUAGAGGCAUUUAAUGUCAUUUGAUAUAAGAGUAAUAAAGUGGGGGGAUUCAUUACAUAACAAUCAGUAGAGUGGAAGAGAAUUAGGGAAAUAAUGAAGAAUGUUUUGUUUCACCAUCCAGUCUUUUCUAUAAAUGUCCAGUUAAAAUAAAAGAGGAACAACAGAUUAUGUAUUAGAUAUAGGAAAACCAACAGCAAAAUUUAUCACAAUUAAUCUAAAAACAGUUGAGUGCAGUAAUCUAUCUGACUUGUUAAGAGAGAGAUGAAAUUCCAGAUACCUUUAGAAUUGAAUUUUAGAAAUAAAAAUAAAUGCUUAUUUGCAGCAUGUUUUUGCAAUCACAGUAUGAAAAAACUGUAGCAAUCAGUUGUGCAUUUUAUCAAAUGUUUAAUUAUGUUUUGA